AUCACACUGCAUACAUCAUAAAGACUCCUAUCCAGUCCAUUUCGACAUCCUAAUCGUCGUCCCUCAUGCCGACUUAUCGGCGGUGAAUAUCAGUCCUAAAUCUCCUAAUUCAAGGAAGGAUAUACGCACAACGACGGGGGAUCGGCAUGUCUUUCCUAGACUCCUAUGCAGUCCAUUUCGUUAUAAGAUCGUCUGUACUGGGCGCCGACAAGACGAGCCCGGUCCACUGCGUCCGGAAUGUAACAUCAUAUCGAGUAUACGGGUUACGGGCCGCAGAGAAGACACAUUUGAAUCGCGAAUGGAAUGAUCAUGGACUUAAUACAGACGUCAAUAAAAGUAGAUUCUCACGAGUCUAGUCAUCUGGCCUCAAAUCUUAUAGAUUCUGUUCAUUCUUGGGCCGUUGGUCUACUCCUCAUCGGACAGUUUGGUUUGCAAUCGAUUUACCCCCAUGCGGUAGGUUAUGACAUUGUCUUAUAGUGCCCAGCGCCGGCACUGUUUCGUUGCCGACUCCACUAUUGCCGCAGUGCAUUCUCACUUGCAACAUUUUUCAGAAGAUGCACGGGUCAGUGCCGUUAAAUAGAAAUCCGGAGCAGUAUACGUGUAUUACCAAAUCAUCUACAUCUCAAAAUUUCGGCCAGUGAGCAUGUCGGGGCGAAAUUAUAUUCAGAAAUUUAGGCCACGGACACAAUGGUUCCAUUAUACAAUUCUGAAUGAAAAACAAUUGUGACCGCAGUAGAAGUAUCUCACAAAGAGUGAGUGACUGCGACCGAACAUGUUUACACUUUUAAUACAUAUCAUCGGAACUAAGCCUAUUUCCCGAGGGCCGGCCUAUCGAUACGUAUUCAUGAAAGGGAAUUUGACCUUCUUCAAAGACUUGACAAACAAUUCGCACGAUUUUUAGUCGCAUUAUUCAAGCAGGUAACGAAAGUAGAGGCGUUGAUGUGACGCUUGGGGCAUUUCUAAACAACUGAGGUUUUCGGCAGUGUGAGUGAAAUCAAGCGCCUGAUAAGGAAAAGGACAACUACGGAAUGGGUCAUUAUUUGAAACUUUCACUGGUAGUUUGUCUGGUGGCCCUUGGCGAGAUUUACUGGCACGGAACCCGAGAAACCAGAAGGAUACAGUCGCAUCUAAAGUCGGAAAGUGAACUUCUGGCAAACUAUGACUACAUCAUAGUUGGAGCUGGUACGGCAGGAUGCGUUCUCGCCAAUAGGCUUUCCGAAGAUGGCAAGACGACUGUGCUACUUCUCGAGGCGGGGAACGACGGGACGCAUCCAGGGCUUGAGGUGCCCUCAGAAGGUUCGAGUCUGUAUCGAACCAAUGAGUUCGACUGGAACUACAAGACGGUGAGCCAGAAGAGAGCUUGCAAUGGAUAUGAGAAUAACGAAUGCUCAUUGCCAAGAGGAAAGACCCUGGGAGGUUCGAGUGCCUUUAACUCCAUGACGUACGACAGAGGGAGCAAGGAGGACUACGACAGCUGGGAAAGGAUGGGCAUCGAAGGCUGGAAAUACGAAGACCUGCUACCUUACUUCAAGAGGUCUGAGAACGUGCAGGAUGCAGACUUGGCAAAAUCAGGGCAUCAUGGGUCAUCUGGUCCUGUUGGGGUUUCUGUGACCAAAUCGACAAAAGUUGGGGACCUUCUGCUCAAAGCAGGCCAAGAAUUAAACCUUAGGUCCGGAGAUUACAACGAUGGAACGCGAGAAGGAGUACAUUACUCUCAGACGACUAUUAAAGAUGGCAAAAGAGCCAGUGCCUCAAGGAUGUAUCUAUUCCCAGUCCUAGAACGAAAGAACCUGCAUGUCAUUGUACACGCCCAUGUCAGAAAGGUCAUCUUCAAAGAGAAAAAAGCAGUUGGUGUUGUUUUUUCCAUCAAAAGAGGAAAGAAGGAGCAUCGUUUCAGGGCCCACAAAGAAGUUAUUCUUUCAGGUGGGGCAAUAAGUACUCCUCAGAUUCUGAUGUUGUCCGGAGUUGGACCAAGGGAUCACUUGGAUGAAAUGAAGAUUCCAGUUGUCGCUGACCUACAAGUUGGACAAAAUCUUCAAGACAAGGUGGCACUGGUUGGUCCAGAUGUUUACCUCUCACAACAGCUGUCAGCCUUUCCGGACGAUACCGGUUGCAUCUCGGUCAAGUUUCAAUAUCUGUUUUAUAAAACAGGACAUCUCGCUAAGGUCUAUGGAGACGACAACACCAUAUUUAUCAAGACAAAGCUGCAGAAUGAAAAUGACGGGCCAGAUCUUCAAUGCCACGUUUAUCCCAACUUAGCAGGAGGGGUUGUGCCAACUUGGGGAUUUGCUAAUAAGACGUGGCUGCGUUAUCAUUCCGGCUGGCAUGACACUCACGGCUUCACCCCUAUUUGUACGCUGCUCCGUCCGAAGUCUCGAGGACACAUUAAACUCAACACCAAUAACCCAUUCGACCAUCCCAUCAUUGAGCCAAACUACUUCAAUGAUGAAGAAGAUCUGGAUCGUCUGCUUGAAGGCAUUCGAUUCAUCGAGAAAAUGCUUGGAACCAAGUCCAUGAAAGAUGCUGGCGCCAAGAACAGACACUCUGUAACAAAAUUUCCUGCUUGUAAGGACCUGGAGGCUGGCUCAGAUGGUUACUGGAAAUGUGUCAUCCCAUAUUUAAGUGCCUCGGUUUUCCAACCCAGUGGGACAUGCAAAAUGGGUCCAAAGUCCGACUCAAGAGCUGUUGUUGAUGCUCAACUAAGGGUCCACGGUUUGGAGAACAUCAGAGUAGUGGAUGCAUCCAUCAUACCAACUACUUCGUCAGGGAAUCUGAAUGCCCCAGUUAUCAUGAUAGCAGAGAAGGCGGCAGACCUGAUAAAGGGGCUCCAGACUAAUUAGGCAGAUACUAAGAAAUGUGUUUUGGCAUAUAAUACCAACUCAAUUUUGAUUGUUACAGUGAAAUCACUCACCACAAUGAAAUUUUGUAAAGACUUAACACUCCAAUUAACUCCAAUUAGUUUUUACCAGAAUUAGAUGGGAAGGUUUAUUUGGGGUACGAUUCUGACGCAAGUUUUGUGUAUCAAAUGAAAAUGCGUUGGUCACAGGUCAUCCUGGCGAAUCAGGCCAUUCCACUCGACACGACUUUAAAUACUCAUUUAUCGGAAACAUGCGCAAAGAUGGAGUCAUAUUGUGGACCUUGUUUGCAAGAGGAUGGAUAAACAUGCGAGUAGGACAGGAUUAUUAAUUCAUAGAUGCAUCCACAUUCUGUUAUUUAUAAA